CUUUCCUAUACGAUGGCUGCGCAGCCGAACGGAAGUGCCGACGCGCCCAUAGAGGUCUCCGCCCUCCCCACCGUCGUCGGGAUCAACUUUGGCAACUCGUACGCGUCCAUCGCGGUUCUCACAAAAGAGGGCUCUGCCGACUGUAUUGCCAACGAAGAUGGCGAGCGCCAGAUCGCCUGCGCGGUCUCGUUUCACGGCGAAGAGAUGUACAUCGGCAACCAGGCCAAGCACCAGCUCAUCAAAAACUCUCAAAACACCAUAACUGGUUUCCGCAACCUUCUUGGCAAAAAGUUCUCUGAACUGUCCUUCGACAAGCCUUCCGUUUCCGCGCUCGUCAUCCAGCACCCCGAGCAGACAGACAUCCCCGCAUACAAGGUCCAAGUCCUCCAGGCAGCCCCAUCCCCUCUCCCCACGACCGCAAGCAACACUCCAGCCGCCUCGCACACUGCCACGCCCCGCUCCGAGCCCACCCCCGCCGAGCGCAUCCUAUCCGUAUCCGAGGUGACCUCCAUCUUCCUCAAAUCCCUCAUCCAAUCCGCCGAAGACUUCCUCGGCAAGAAAGUCCAGGGCGCAGUCAUCAGCGUCCCCGACUGGUUCACGGACGCGCAGCGCGCCGCCCUUCAAAAAGCCGCAGAGGACGCCGAAAUCAACGUCCUACAGCUCCUCGAGGAAGCUGGCGCCGCCGCCGCCGUAACGACAACCUCCACCACGCUCUCGAAGGACCUCAACCCGGACCGCACGCAGCUCGUCGUCGACCUCGGCGCCUCCGCGCUCGAGCUCUCGCUCCUCUCCAUCCGACAAGGCCUCGCCUACUCCCUCGCAACCCUCUCCGACACAACCGUCUCCGGCGACGCGAUCGACGACAAGCUGAUCAAGCACUUCGCCAAAGAGUUCACCAAGAAAACCAAAACGCCACUCGCCGUCGUGCCCGCCCCGACGCCGCAAGACAAACGCGCCGAGGCCAAGCUCCGCCUCGCAGUCGAGCACACAAAACGCACGCUCUCCGCAUCGCCCGGCACCGCGACGUGCUCCGUCGAGUCGCUCAAGGACGGGCUCGACUUCACCGGCACGAUCACGCGCCUGCGCUUCGACAUGGAAAUGCGCAGCGUCUACGCCCAAGUAUUCGCGCGCGUGCGCGAGCUCGUCGGCACCGCGGGUCUCGACCUGUACGACAUCGACGAAAUCGUGUACGUCGGCGGGUCCGCGAGCCUCCCGGGGCUCGACGAGGCCCUCGCGCAGGGCCUCUCCGAGACGGUGGUCACGCCGUUCACGGAGGGCGCGGUCGUAGGCGGGGGCGUCGGAGACCCGACGGCGAUCCUCUCGCGCGGGUGUGCGCUGCAGGCGCGUCUGGUCGCGAUGCUCGCGGAGGGCACGGAGGAGGAGCGCGAGGUGCGCGCGGCGUUUGCGAGCGGGAGCGAGUGGACGCGGGUGAGGGCGACGACGCGUACGGUUGGGAUGCUCUUCCCCGAGGAGGGCGCGGAAGGGGAGGGCGCGAUUGGCGGACAGUGGGUGCCUGCGGUAUUGAGGGAGACGGCGGUGCCGUGUCGACGCACGUUCCGGCUCGACGUGGACGUCGGCGCGGAGCAGCGCGUCGGGUUCGAGCUGUGGGAGGCGAAGGAGGGCGUGAAGAUCGAGAAGGUGAAGCCGCCGCGGGACGAGGAGGACGAGCCGGUACCGGCGGAGGAGGGCGAGGAGGAGGAAGAGGAGGAGGAGAUCGAGGUGAAGGAGAAGACGGUGGAGAAGGAGACGCUGCUGGGCGCGUUGGCGUUCGCGGUGAAGACGGCUAGAAGGACUGGGGACCGGUGGACGACGAAGAUCGAGGUGCAGUUCUUGAUGGAUGAUAGUGGGGGGCUGGAGGUGAGUGCGUGGGAGGUUGGACCGGGGGGCAAGGGAGAGAGGUCGGUGGUCGUCGUGCCUGCGCCGUGA